UUAUACGAGGAGGGAAGAUCUGAUUGAGGCCAUACAGUUCAGUGCUAUGGCAGGGCAUCCGUGUCCCGUGCCUAUAGAAUGGGAAUACCAGGAAUGAUUGUUGCUUAGUUCUGCUCCAGAUGUCGCACAGACAAGAACUAACUUGAACUCGUUAAUGUGGAGUAUCGGCAUCGCUGCUUAAACGGAAAAAGGGUACUUAGUGCUUAUAUCGCUGCGAUAGUGAAGUGAAUGGAGAAAUUUCAACAGUUGUGAAAGUAGUGAUAGCAAUUGAGAAGAUUGCCAGAAGUUGAGCUAAAACAUAUUGGUGACAAAUUGAAUCUGCAGUAUAGGUGAACUUCGUGGAUUUACUACUCAUAAGGGGUCCCAACAAUGCUGUCGGAGGUGGACGAGUUGCCCUCGAUCCAACUGGGCGACUACACCCUGCGGUUCGAGCUGGAAGAUUUGACCCCGUUCGGGAAGGAUGUGGCCAAGAAUGAGUUGCGUGAAUCGCCAGAACUCAAAGCGCAGGCCGUCGAAGAACUUCGGGAAAUGCUAAAAGGUCAAGAUGAGCUGGUGGUCCCCAUCGAUAAUGACGACUGGAUGGUGCGGUUCCUGCGGCCGUGCAAAUACUACCCGAAGAGUGCUUACGAGCUGAUCCAACGCUACUACCAGUUCAAGGUGAAGCACUGGGACAUGUACCUGGACCUGAGCCCGUCCCGCGAGGUGAACAUCUUCAAGCAAAACAUUCUGUCAGUGUUUCCCAACCGCGACCAACUAGGCCGACGAAUCCUACUGCUCGAGCUGGGCAAACCGUGGAAGCACAAGGAAGUCACCCUGGAUGAAGUCUUCAAGGGUUGUGUCCUGUUCCUGGAGGCGGCCAUGCUGGAACCGGAAACCCAGGUCAACGGUGCGGUGGUCAUCUUCGACAUGGACGGCCUUACCAUGCAACAAGCGUGGCAGUUUACUCCGCCCUUCGCCAAAAGAAUCGUCGAUUGGCUGCAGGACGCGGUCCCACUACGUAUCAAGGGAAUCCAUAUCAUCAACCAGCCAAAGAUCUUCAACGUAGUGUUUGCCCUGUUCAAGCCGAUCCUGCGGGACAAACUGCGCAGCCGAAUUGUCUUCCACGGUACGGAUCGGGAAUCACUUUACAAGCACAUCGCCAAGGAAUGCCUUCCGCCUUGCUACGGAGGAACCGUUGAUGCCCCGCGGGUUCAGGGCGAACAGUGGUACGAACUAUUGCUCAAGUGCGAUGACGAAUACACCGCCAUCAACAAGUACGGCUACAUCAAACAGAUGGAUGAAUUUAGAAACAAGAAGAACAAGAAGAAGUGAAGGAAUUGACCAGAUCAGAAAGGAAUAAAACGCUUUGGCGCAAACUUAGGCAUAAAUGGAUGAAAUUGCAGGACGCCAUACAGAGGAUACGCAAACAAAAGGGUAACAGAAAUGUGAUCAACAACCAGACUAAAAGUAAAUCAAAAAUUUCCAUUAAGUUAUUAGAUAUUAGGGGACCUUUUAAGCACAAAACUUAAGCACAUUUUCAACUACGCAAUGAGCUCAAACAUUCCCGCGCGCUCUGCGUGCAAACAUUACGAUAAUGUGCGUUAAUUUAUUGUUUCGUUAUUAGUGACAUUUUUGAACGGCUCUCAAAAUAACUGUGUAUAGCUAUUAGCGAGUAUUUAUACUAAAUCUUAGCAGGAGACUCGUCGCUUACCUACAGGGAAACGGUGCGAGGAAACUA